GGGGGGGGAUUCCGUCGUGAAUGCUGUGGUGUUACGUGAGGAGUUGGGUGACAACAUUCUGCGAUGAGGAAGACGUAUCAUAAAACUUGCUCCACCGCAACCAGCACCGAGGUCCGGGCUGUGGCUCCAGCCCCCCGCAGUCUGUAGGAAGGAAGAUCUGUGUGCACUGUAAGUGUCGUCGUGAGGAGCAUGCAAUACCAACCAUGCCUGUAGAGAUGGAGAAGACGGUCACCAAGCUGAUGUACGACUUCCAGAGGAACUCUACCUCAGACGACGACUCUGGCUGUGCCCUGGAGGAGUAUGCCUGGGUACCGCCCGGACUCAAACCUGAACAGGUCCAUCAGUACUACAGCUCCCUGCCCGAGGACAAGGUGCCCUAUGUGAACAGCCCAGGAGAGAAAUACCGCAUCAAACAGCUGCUCCAUCAGCUCCCGCCCCACGACAAUGAGCUACGCUACUGCAACAGCCUGGACGACGAGGAGAAGCGAGAGCUGAAGCUCUUCAGUAACCAGCGUAAGCGGGAGAACCUGGGCCGUGGCAAUGUGCGUCCGUUCCCCGUGACGAUGACCGGGGCGAUCUGCGAACAGUGCGGGGGCCAGAUAAACGGAGGCGACAUUGCUGUGUUUGCGUCUCGGGCGGGUCACAGCGUGUGUUGGCACCCCGCCUGCUUUGUGUGCAGCAUGUGCAAUGAGCUCCUGGUGGACCUCAUCUACUUUCACCAGGACGGGAAGAUCUACUGCGGCCGGCACCAUGCCGAGAGGCUGAAGCCGCGCUGCACCGCCUGCGAUGAGAUCAUCUUUGCGGAUGAGUGCACAGAGGCAGAGGGGCGUCACUGGCACAUGAAGCACUUCUGCUGCUUCGAGUGUGAGACGGUGCUGGGGGGGCAGCGCUACAUCAUGAAGGAGGGACGGCCCUACUGCUGCUCCUGCUUUGAGUCCCUCUACGCAGAGUACUGCGACUCCUGCGGGGAACAUAUUGGAAUUGAUCAAGGCCAGAUGACGUACGAUGGGCAGCACUGGCACGCCAUCGAAGGCUGCUUCUGCUGUGCCCGCUGUAAACGCUCCCUGCUUGGUCGGCCCUUCUUGCCCAAGCAGGGCCAAAUCUUCUGCUCGCGCUCCUGCAGUCUCGGGGAGGAACCUAACGGCUCGGACUCCUCUGACUCUGCCUUCCAGAGCGCUCGCUCCACCAGAGAGUCCAGACGUAACUCGAAAAUGGGGAAGAGUGGAGGAGGUGGUGUGCAGACGGAGAGGUUUUCCGGUGAGGUGGACCCACUAUCUUUACAAAUGGAUCUUCUGAGUCUCUCCAGCCAAACGCCUAGCUUGACUCGCGAGCCGCCGGCCUGGCAGAACCAGGAGCGAGCAGGUGACGGAUAUAAUUAUGAAUCCCAGUCAAACCCAACUGCCAGCCCCACCCCUCUCCAGCUUCUCAGCCAGUGCAAUGUCAGGACUUCCUAUACCCCCGCCUGCUCCGGACAGAAUAAUCAACAGCAGGAUCACAGGAUCAAGGACAAUGCAGCUUUAAAGAGACCCCCCAUCUCAGCCUUGAAGGGCCACUCUCUGAAUGAGGCGUGGUUCCAGCAGCCAGCUCCAGAGGAGUACUAUCCCCCCAAACCGAGGAUGCAAAAGAGUUUCACUGAGGUGUCCCAUUGCUCUCAGCAGCACAACAGCUUCUCCCCCGACAAGCGCUCCAUCAGUUUGCAUGGCUUUCAGAGGGACAGGGACAGAGACCUAGGGCCUCCAGCAGCAGCCCAGGUGGCAAGAAGCAGGAACCCCAUCAAUGCACUUAACUUCCCAGAGCAACUGACCCCUCUCGAGCAGACCCCAAGAGGAUCCAUGGAGUCGCUGGCUUUCUCCAACGGAACAGGAAACUCAGCAGACGGAGCAGGAAGGCGUCAGGAGCACCUUUCUCGUUUCUCCAUGCCAGACCUGAGCAAAGACUCUGGAAUGAACGUGUCAGAGAAAAGCAACAUGGGCACCCUCAACUCCUCAGGGCAGUUUCGUAGCUCUGACUCCAUCCACAGCCUCACCGCCAGUCAGCCCUACAUGGAAAUGGAUCCCCAUAGGUCCUCCCAAUACAAAAUGCAGUACAGUGACUCUCCUGGCAUGGGUAGGGGUAUGAGCACGACUCACUUACCGCCUGGCUUCACCUUCCAGGAGGAAGACAGGGUAAGUUUGGUGAGCAGUGCCAAUGCUGCCCGUCUGCCACCCAUCAGUGAGCGUAUGGUAGGUGGCGUUGGUGUUGGAGGUGUUGGAGGUGGGGGAGGAGGAGGUGUCAGGGGAGCAAGUGUCCGGAUAAAUGCCCCUGAAGAAACUCCCCAGAGGCGAAGGCAUCACCACCACCGCUCCCGCAGAUCCCGUCGCUCUCGCUCAGAGAACGCUCUCAACUUGGUGGCAGAAAGAAGAACAAGACCCCAAGAGAGACCACAGUUGUGUGUCCGAGAGGAUUAUGAUCGUUUCCCGCCACCGAGGAGCGCCAGGGACCAGUUUGGAAUCGGAAGAGGCGGAGGAGGAGGAGGGGACCGAUAUCAAGCUCCAUUCUUUAGGCAGUGCCCCAGGACCACGUCAGACCUGACGCUGCAGAACCCUGGAGCCAGCCGACGCACUGGCUUGAACCAAUACUCCUGGGAUGAUUAUGACGACGAUUGGUGCUCCACCUGCUCCUCAUCCUCCGAAUCAGAGGAUGAAGGAUACUUUCUGGGCGAGCCGAUCCCCAGACCCAUCCAGCUGCGCUACCUCAGCAACCAGGAGCUUGUGCACAAGUACAACCCAGGGACGGGAGGACCCAACCGCACUGGGCAGUUAUACACCCACAAACGCAGGAAAAGCAAAAACUGCAUCAUCUCCUAACAUCCUCCUAACAAUGACUCUUCCUCCAGCUGGUGAACACUAACAUCCUCCAUCUGGAACAAGGAGAAAUCUAAACUCACAGUCCAUUUAUUCAGUGUUGUUGAGUGUUGAAUAUUAUGUAAUUGAGAGUCAGUGAUGAAUUACAGUGGAAAAGCAAUAGUGUUUGCAUGUUUGUUCAUUUAAUGUCUCUCCUGAGUAUUACGGCUGCUAGAGUCACAUGUGCAGUUCCAUCGAAUCACAAAGUUAAAAGCUGAUGUGCAAUCUUUGAUGUCAACAGCACGCGAGUGUGCAAGCUAGUCGGGUCGGUACAGUUGAGCUUUUUUCAUGCAAUGUGAUUUGGAUUUAGGAUAUACUGUACUAUUGUAUUCAGUUCAUAGUGUGUACAUAGAGAAAAAUAAUUAAUAAUUUCACUUUAACUUAAGGAAGUCCAUGUAAAUAUGGUUGUAAAUGAGGCCUCACAUAUUUUUAUAUUUUGUAUGGAUAGAAUCAUGUAUGUAUUAAAUAUCUAUAAUGUAGAGAUAGAAAAUGUCAACAACAAACGUAUGCAUGUUUUAUUUGGCUGACCUGGUCCUUCAUUUGGAAUAAAGGAGUAUU